CCAUAGUAUAUAAUGGUGUAUGUGGUUACGGAGAACCUUUUUCUUGUGUCCUUUCUGUAUUGAACACCAUCACCGUCAGCGCCGCCACUACAACUGCGGGGGCAACAAAAGAAGCACCAGACAAGCACCACACACCAGUGCUGUCACGCGGCACAGCAGAACACCAGCACAAUGACUGGCUUCAGGCUGCUGUCUUUCCUGGGAACCCUGGCCGUGGUGGCGGCGACGGAUAUCAAGCCAGCAAGUAAAUAUAAUACCAAGUGCCACAGUCCCUUCACGGAGAUUAGUGGUCGCUGCGUGCAUAUUGAUGUCUCCAAAACCGGCACGUGGCAAAAUAUGCGGAAGUUUUGUCAGCAACUUGGCGGUGACCUGGUCAAUCUUUCUGAUCUGCAAUUCUACGGUGACAUCCUUUUGUACAUUGAAAGCUUACAUUUGCCACACGCUCAUUUGUGGAUCGGUGCCACGGACGAAGCGACGGAGGACGUCUGGAUGUGGACAGAUGGGACGCCAGUCAGGAUGGGCACUCCUUUUUGGGCUAACUUUGGCGAUAAUAAUAGCCAAAUGCCUGAUGGAGGAGAUAGUCAAAACUGUGCCAUGCUCGAUGUAAACAUGCAUUAUUAUUUCAAUGAUUUUUCUUGUUCAAAAUUAGAUAUAAGUCCACUUUGUGAGAAGUAAUACCAGAAAAUGUAACUUUCAUAUAUAUAUGAAUAACAUUUCUUAUCACAAACAUGCUAUGCAAAGUUCAAAGGGAGGUAUGUAAUGCACAGAGUUGUCCGAAUGUUAUCAGUGUAUUGAUGUGUAAUGUGCAAACCAGUUUACUUUGGAUUCUACUUUUGUUCAAUAAGGUGUAAUACUUUGUAUUAAAGGCAUCGUAAGGAAUAAGAUUUCCAUUUACUUUUUGACUCGGGCACAGACUUCAUUUGGAUAUCAGAAGUGUUCUCGUUGACCUUUGUUCAAGACAAUCACAUCCUUAAUUCACUACAAGGAAGUUUUUUGUCAUACAUAAUUUGUUAUUGAGAUGAUAUUGUAUAUGAUUUUCUACAAAUAAUACACAUUGUGAUUGUG